AUGGAUACCACCCAGUUGGUUAAGAUUCUCACUUCCAGCAAUGCUGCUGAGAGGUUCACAGCCACCCAGAAGUUGGUCGCCUUGCUGAACACGGACGACGGUUCCGCUUCACUCGUUACCAUGCUUAAGGGCCAGAUAUCAGCUGGAAACUUGAACUCUGGCUGGGCAAUCGCCAACUCGGUCGCCACCAUCAGUUCAACGCUUAUGCAGUUCGUUCCAGAGAUCGGUCCCAUCGCCGGGCGUGCAAUGGUCUCCAUGUGGCAGGUAGUGAUGUCGGUCAAGAACGGAACGGACAUCACCAAGAACGUCGACAAGACUUCCCAGGUCAUCACCGCCUACAAGACCCUGAUCAAGGCCUCCAUCGACACGGCCAUUGAGACCUACGACAGUGAGGCACUCCACACUGCCUACGAGGGAGCCUCAACCUAUCUCACAGCCUACACCGCCGCCCUCUCUGUUUUCCUCGCCAACCCCACCGUGGCAUCAAACCAGGACACUCUGAAGGACAGCUUGAGCAAUGUCGAGAAGCAGUACGCCACCAUUAUCGCAGCGUGCAACAAGGAAACCCACGCCGUCGCUGAGCUGUACAUGUAUGCUAUGUGUGCCAGCAUUCGUCUGUCGCUGCUGCGUGACGCAUGCCUCCAUGGAGUGGAAUGGGGCUACACCGCCGAGUACAUCACCACCUACUUCCUGCCCCAGUUCACCACUUGCCUCAAGGAAUACACCAACCAUUGCAUCGACACCUACAAGACUGCCGUCACCAACUUGAAGACCGCCGCCGCCGCCAGCGACGUGAACCUCUUCAACACCAUCAACACCCUGCGCAAUGGCAUGAUCACCUACGUCUUUGACCUGGUCGCAGUCUGGCCCCUGCUGAACCCCACCAAGUUCCCCGAUGGAGUCAAUAUUCCCCAGAGGACUCGUCUGCUGAUGUCCGACGUGGUAGGCCUCCCCGUCAACCCCGACAAGCUAGGUACCAAGGAUUACUACACCGCCACCUUUGACCAGAUCCACAAUAUAAUGAUCUCGCAGAACUACUACUUGUAUCGUGGAGAGCAUGACAAGUUUGCCUCGCAGGCCGAUGAGACUGGCAACCGUCUCCUCUGGAUUCAGAACUCCUUCAAGACUGGCUACACUAACGAGGGUCUCCCAUCCUGGGCGUCUACCAACACCCAGGUUGGUCCACCAGGUGGCGUCGAUCCCAUCGACACCACUAAAUAUCCUAUUAAGUCCAUUGGCUUCAGCGACAUUGCCGAGGAGACCAUCAAGAUAUACGCCGAUAUCAUCCCUCGCAGCUUCGAGUGCUCAAUUGGAGGCGACAUCACCGGAGGCCCCUUCGAUAACCAUCAAGCCGUGCUGGAUGGAAACAAGGACAUCAUUUUGGGCACAGAGAACAGCUGGCACUGUGCCGUCGAUCAGUACAACUUCCCCAACAUGAAAACACCGUUCAGCUACCAGACUGUCGCCGUCGAAAACACUUACAUCAAUAUCCCCUACAAGAUCCCCUGGAACCAAUGCCUCAUCACCUCAUACCAAUUCCCCGGCCACCACCUCUACCAUCCAUUCGGUCUCGGCGUCAACAAGGACCCAAUGGUCAGGCCAGGCGGCACCAUGGACUCUGCUUGCAUCGCCUUUGCCCCACUCGGUCUCAACAACUCCAACUAUGUCUACAAUGGCAUGGGCGCCACUCUCCUCGACCCAAUCAAGAAGGACUCAAUGUCGGGAGUAACUUUCAUUGAAGACUCUUUCAUGCCAGGAUUGCCAGAGGUCGUCAUCGCUCCAGGUGGCUCGAUUGUCUACAAGUUAGAUCCAAUCUGGUUGGGUAUGAAGAUGUUCUACCUCCGGUUCAUCGUGAAGGCAACCACUGCCACCAAACUCCAUAUCGACUGGAACGACACCUCCUACGACAUCGACGUGCCAGUGUCAGAUGUCUUUGACGUGCUUGAUGCUGGAACUGUGCCCGCAAUCAUCUUGGCCCCUCUGAAUCCUCCUCAGAACAAGUUCACACUCAGUGUUCCAGCCGGCAGUGCUGCAUUAUCGAUCAGAUCUAUCAUUCUGUUGUCCACCGCCAAGGAUGCCAUCCCAUGCAGCAUCCUUUAA